CCUUCCGGUUUGGACGCCAUUAGCAAAGAGCAGAGAUGGUUGUCAGAUAUCCUAUGGCGGUUGGCCUUAAUAAAGGCCAUAAGGUGACCAAGAAUGUGUCCAAGCCCAAACACAGUCGCAGGAGAGGGCGUCUGACCAAACACGCUAAGUUUGCGCGUGACUUGAUUCGUGAAGUGUGUGGUUUCGCACCCUACGAGAGACGCGCCAUGGAGUUGCUGAAAGUGUCCAAGGAUAAACGUGCUCUCAAGUUCAUCAAGAAAAGGGUGGGAACUCACAUCCGCGCUAAGAGAAAGAGGGAAGAGCUCAGCAACACACUGGCCGCCAUGAGGAAAGCUGCUGCCAAGAAAGAGUAGCCUGUGUAAUCAUCAAAAAUAAAAUUGUUUGUGUAAAAAC